GGAAGUGCAUUUAGCAGAAUUUGGCCAUGACCUUACGGUCACCUUGCAAAUUGCGCUUGACAGUGCGGAACGGGGACCGUUUUCAUCAUUUUUUUUGCACCAUCGGGAUCGAUUCAACCCUUUCACUUUUUUAGCGUUUUGAACGUGAGUAUGUCAAGAAGUACUGGGCAUAGGUCUUGGGGUACAAAUAUACUGCGGUCGCUCCAAAACUCACAGGACAACAUGCUGGCAGGUUUCUAGGCCAUCAUGGCAGCGAGUGGCAAUCAUGGAAGCAAAGAAGAACUUGUAGCAGAGCUGAAAAGACUCGGUAUCGAGACGGAAACAAUUCAGCAUCCAGAGGUGUUCACAAUGGAAGCCAUGAUGCCUUACAUGAAAGAUAUCAGUGGAGCCGUGGGCAAAAACCUCUUCAUGAAGGACAAAAAGAAGAGACUGUGGCUUCUGAGCGCCCGGCACGACCGUGCAGUCAACCUGGCCAAGCUAGCCAAGACAGUGGGAGCGCGUGGGCUGCGACUCGCUGAAGAGAGCAUCCUGCAGGAAAAACUGGGCGUGAGUCAGGGCUGCGUGACUCCGCUAGCCUUGCUCAAUGACAAGAGUGGUGAUGUGACGUUCUUGCUGGAUAGUGAUUUUACGGAAGGGGGCCACCAGCGUGUGUUCUUCCACCCUAUGACCAACUCGGAGACCAUGGGUAUGGCUCCCGAAGACUUUGUGACAUUCCUGAAGGAAACGGGGCACGAGCCCAUCAUGGUGAACUUUGAUGCAAUGGAAUGAUACUGGGUAUUCCGUCAGAUGACACUAGCUGCAUUGAUUCAUGAUGGAUGGAGCCCUCCAAAAAUUAUGAAAAAACCACAUUUUUCCAGCAGGCGCAUGUAUUCGCAAUCAUACUCCUCAUCACGUUAGUUCAGAUUUGAAAUCUGUGAGUUAACGAUUCAGCAAACAUAGUAGGGUGUCUGAUGUAUUUUUUGGUUGGGUAAAAUAUUUCAAGCUUUUUUAAUUGCGGUGUUAAUAAUUGAUGUCAUGCACAUGUAACUAAAAGGUGUUUUAACAAUCGUCCAGAAUUCUUUAUAUUUAUAAAUAUAAGAACUGAAAAUGUGAGUA